AUAUUAAUGGUCAUCACUUGAAUUCUUUUUCGAUCACACUAGCAACAUUAAAAAAUGUCUGCGAAAGAUACAAAUGGACAAUGCCAACUGCCCAAGGAAGAUGGUAAUGGUGAAAAUGGGGACAGUCAAAAGCUCAACAAGUAUGCUUGUGCUUGUGUGACGGCUGCCACUAUUAUCUCUGCUAUAUUUGGUUAUGUAACGGGAGUGAUGGCUGGAGCACUCUUAUUCAUAAAGGAAGAACUUCAGAUCAGUGACCUACAAGUGGGGCUCUUGGCAGGGAUCUUAAAUGUGUGCGCGCUACCUGCAUGCAUGGUUGCAGGAAGAACCUCUGAUUAUCUCGGUCGCCGUUACACCAUCAUUCUAGCUUCUGUCAUCUUCUUAUUGGGCUCCCUUCUAAUGGGCUAUGGCCCAUCCUAUUCAAUCUUAAUCAUUGGAAGAUGCAUUGUUGGAAUAGGUGUAGGUUUUGCAUUGAUCAUAGCACCGGUUUACAGUGCAGAAAUUUCAUCCCCUUCCUACAGAGGCUUUCUCAUUUCUCUCCCAGACGUUUCCCUCAACUUUGGACUCUUGCUUGGCUAUGUCUCAAACUACUUCCUUGGAAAACUGUCUCUGAAACUUGGAUGGAGAACCAUGUUGGUUGUUCCUGCAGUUCCUUCACUUGUUCUUGUCAUUCUCAUGUUCAAGUUGGUAGAGUCUCCAAGGUGGUUAAUCAUGCAAGGACGUGUAGGUGAGGCAAGGAAAGUGCUUUUAUUAGUCUCUAAUACAAAGGAAGAAGCUGAAAAACGCUUGAAGGAAAUAAAAGGUGCUGCUGGGAUUGAUGAAAAGUGCACAGAAGACAUUGUCCAUGUUCCAAAGCAAAUUCGAAGUGGUGCAGGAGCUCUUAAGGAACUGUUGUGUAAACCUUCACUACCAGUGCGUAAUAUACUAGUUGCAGCUAUUGGAGUUCAUGUGUUCCAACAGGUUUGUGGAAUAGAAAGUAUUUUGCUAUAUAGUCCAAGGGUGUUUGAGAAAACAGGAAUCAUGGACAAGAGCAUGCUCCUUCUAGCCACGGUUGGUAUGGGAAUUAGCCAAGCUGUGUUUACAUUCAUAUCUGCUUUCUUGUUGGACAGGGUUGGGAGGAGGAUUCUGUUGCUGAUUAGUGCAGGUGGUGUGGUUGUGACCCUCUUAGGAUUGGGUUUUUGCAUGACCAUGGUGGAAAACUCCAAAGAAAAACAAUUGUGGGCAAUGGGUUUUACCAUUGUUUUUACCUACAUAUUUGUAGCUUUUGUGGCUAUUGGUAUUGGACCUGUGACGUGGGUUUAUAGCUCUGAGAUUUUUCCCCUCAGGUUGAGAGCACAAGGUCUUGCCAUUGGUGUGACUGUGAAUAGAAUUGCCAAUGUCGUAGUGGUUACCAGUUUCAUUUCAAUUUAUAAAAAGAUAACAUUAGGCGGUACUUUCUUUAUGUAUGUUGGUAUCACUGCGUUGGCUUGGUGGUUCUACUACUCCUUGCCUGAAACCAAAGGAAGGUCAUUAGAAGAUAUGGAGACAAUCUUUGGGAAAAAUUCCAAGUCGGAGAUACAAGUGAAGCCUGAGUUAUGGAUUUCAUGCAUGAAAUAAACAAUGAUCUUUAGAGAGUGAGCAUUUAAUUAGCCAGGGUCAUGUUUCUGUCGCUGAUAUAAUUUAGGAAAAUAAUAGGUGUACACCUAGAUAACACUUAAAUAGAAAAGUGUGUAUCAUAAGUUAUAUGAUAAUAGAUCGAGAAAGAUAUAAAUAAUAGCUAUUGACAGAAUAUUUGAUAUA